AUGGCCCUCAAGACGCUCGCUCUCCUAGCGGUUGCGCACCUCGCGCAAGCCCACUUCGGUAUCGAGUACCCGCCCAUGCGGGCCGAUACCCUCUCAGCAAGCCACGAUCACGGCACCCACUACUCACAAUGGAUCCAGCCUUGCGCCGGCGUCCCGGGCAACUUGACCGACGCACCCCGCACCGAAUGGCCCCUUGACGGCGGCAGCAUCAAGCUGGACCUGCACCACAAGUGGACCUACAUCUUCAUCAACCUCGGCCUGGGGUCUGAUGUUUCCAACUUCAACUACACCCUGACCAACCCCUUCUGGAACUCGACCGGCAACGGCACGCUGUGCGUCAAGAAGCUCGCACUGCCUACCAACCUGCCCAUCUCGGACGGCUCCGACGCCAGCCUGCAGGUUGUGACCAUCGGCGAAAACGGCAACGCGCUGUACAACUGCGCCAACAUCCGCUUCCGCGCGAACGCAACACCGCUGAGCGAUGAGGAGUGUGUCACAGAGGGUGUCACGUACGCCCCGAUCACGGCGCAGGCCAGCUCUGGCUCGGAUAGCUCGUCGACUGAAGGUGAUGGUCAGGGUGCUGGUGACAAUGGCCCGACGCGAAGCAGUGCUGGUCCGGCGAUUGGUGUUAACAUGGGUGUGCUGUCGUCUGUUGCAGCCUUGACGCUCAUUUUUGCGUUUGGUAUGAGUUUGUGA